AUGGUCCACAGCAGGUGUUUUUCGGAGAGCUCGGCUACUUUCACAUCUAUCCCGAUCCUGGAUUUCUCCCAAACGCGGUCCCCCGAGACAAAGUCCACCUUUCUGGCAUGUCUUCGUGAUGCGUUGGUGAAUGUGGGCUUCUUCUAUCUUCAGAAUGCCCCCAUUGCCCCCCUAGUGCAACAUGCAUUCACAGUCAAAGCCCUCGAGCUCUUCCAGUUGCCCCUAGAAAAGAAGCUGGAGAUCGAGAUGGUGAACAGUCCGCAUUUCUUAGGCUAUUCGAGACUGGGGGCUGAGAUCACGGCUCUUAAACCCGAUCACCGCGAACAGUUUGAUUUUGCAACCGAGCUUCCUGCGCCAGGACCCGAUGAACCCUUGUAUAGAAACAUUGUUGGCCCCAACCAGUGGCCCGAUGAAACGGCAACGCCAGGGUUUCGUCAGGCAACCGAACGAUACCUGUCUGAAGCCGGCGAUUUGACAGAGUCAUUCACAAAGCUCAUUGCAGAAGCACUGGACCUUCCCCCGACCGCGUUAGACGAGGCGUUUGAUCGUCCACAACAGCACAAGCUCAAGCUGAUCAAGUAUCCCCCACCACCUGAGCCCAGCGAGGAGUCAUCGGGAUUCCAGGGCGUUGGCCCCCACAAAGACUCGGGGUUUCUCACUUUCCUUCUCCAGGCCACACCGCAUCGUGGUCUGGAGGUCCAAAAUAAAGCAGGGACUUGGAUCCCCGCGCCUCCGCUUCCAGGGACAUUCGUGGUUAACAUUGGACGAGCUUUGGAAGCGCUGACCGGAGGAAUUUGCACGGCGACCACACAUCGCGUCAGCCUACGAGAAGAGGAUUUCCAGGAUGUGGAUGGUCAGUCUCUAGGCCCGCGAUUUUCUUUCCCUGUUUUCCAGGGUGUGAGUCCAGAUCUUUCGUCCGCACGAAUCUCACUGGUCAUCCCAGACCACAUCCGACGUUUGGUCAAGGAUGAAAAGGUCAAGUCGGAUGCUGAGGCAACUUUCAACACCAUGUUCCGCGGUAGUAUCGGCGAGGGCACAUUGGUCGCACGGGUAACGAGCCACCAGGAUGUGGGGCAGCGAUGGUAUCCCGAUGUGUUGGCCAAGGCAUUGCAGGGCCAGCGAGAUUUCCAAUCGCAGUAG